UUGAAGCAUAUGUUGCGAAGUAUACAUUCAAUCCAAAAACCACAGCAAGCUUCAUCACUGAAAGCCUUCCAUCAAUGGAUCUUUACCGUCUUGCUUCACUCGGCAAUGCCAACUUCACUCGACUGCUCCCACCUAAGACUCCCAUCUCAUCAUUCGUGAAAUCCACAAGUUUUCCUCCUACUUUUCUAUGCAUGGCCACCACCCAAAUCUCAACUCCUUCCAAUAUUGUUCGGCGAUCAGCAAAUUACCAACCUCCCAUUUGGCACUAUGAUUACAUCCAGUCACUGACGAGUGUAUAUGUGGGGGAGUCACUUACCAGACGGACUGAUAAGCUUAAAGGAGAAGUGAGGAUGAUGUUUAACAAAGUCGUGGAUCCUUUGGAGAAACUAGAGUUGAUUGAUAUCUUGCAAAGACUUGGAAUAUCUUACCACUUUGAUGAUGAAAUACAGAGGACCUUGGAAGGUAUAUACAAUGCUAAUCAUGGUGGCAAAAUGUGCAACAAGGAGAAUAUAUACGCCACAGCUCUUGAAUUUAGAUUGCUAAGACAGCAUGGAUAUAGUGUGCCUCAAGAGAUUUUUAAUAAUUUCAGGAAUGAGAUGGGGAACUUCAAGGCAUGCGUAUGUGAUGAUAUCAAGGGAAUGCUAUGCUUCUAUGAAGCCUCAUUCCUUUCGGGAGAAGGAGAAAGUAUGUUGGAGGAAGCGAGAGAUGUUACAACCAAGCAACUCUCAGAGUACGUCAAGCAAAGCAAAGAUCAAAAUCUUAUUUCUAUAGUGAACCAUGCCCUAGAGCUUCCUCUACAUUGGAGGAUGUCAAGAUUGGAAGCGAGAUGGUUCAUUGAUGUAUAUAGAAGCGGAGAAGACAUGAACCCUAUAUUGCUUGAUCUUGCAGAAUUGGAUUUCAACAUGGUACAAGCAGCCCACCAAGAAGAUCUAAAAGAAGCGUCAAGGUGGUGGAGGAGCACAGGCCUUGGCGAAAAGUUGAGCUUUGCUAGAGAUAGGCUAAUGGAGAGUUUCUUAUGGACAGUGGGAAAAACAUUUCAGCCUCAGUUUGGAUCUUGUAGGAGAACGUUAACGAAGGUCAAUGUACUAAUAACAGCAAUCGACGAUAUUUAUGAUGUAUAUGGUACUUUGGAUGAGCUCGAGCUCUUCACCGAUGCUAUUGAGAGAUGGGAUACCAAUGCAAUGGAUCAGCUCCCAUAUUAUAUGAAGUUAUGUUUUCUUUCUCUCCACAAUUCAAUCAAUGAAAUGGCGUUUGACAUUCUUAAAGAAAAAGGAUUCCACAUCAUUCAAUACCUUAGAAAAGUGUGGGCAGAUCUAUCGAGAUCUUACUUGUUGGAAGCAAAGUGGUAUUACAGCGGAUAUACACCAAGCCUUCAAGAAUACAUUGAAAAUGCAUGCAUUUCAAUAUCAGCACAAGUUAUGCUAGUGCAUGUUUAUUUUUCUAUCACAAAUCCAAUAACAAAAGAAGCUUUGGAUUGCUUGGAAGAGUUCCCCAAUAUAAUCCGUUGGUCAGCAGUGGUUUUACGACUUGCAGAUGAUCUUGGAACAUCUAAGGAUGAGUUAGAGAGAGGUGAUGUUCCAAAAUCAAUCCAGUGUUAUAUGAAUGAAACUGGUGCAAGUGAAGAAGAUGCCCGUGAGCACAUAAAGUCUUUGAUUAGUGAAACAUGGAACAAGAUGAAUGAAGAAGCUAGAGCUGCGAGUUCUCCAUUCUCUCGAACAUUUAUUGAAAUUGUAAUGAACCUUGCAAGGACAGCUCAAUGCAUUUACUUGCACGGGGAUGGUCAUGGUGUUGAAGACCGUGAAACUAAGGAGAGUGUAUUAUCAUUAUUUAUCCAUCCCAUUCCUCUACACAGAGAUCAACAUGAAGCAACUAGAGACUCAACCUUAGCGAAGGUCUAGUGUUUAGAGUUAUCUUACUUCUCUAAGGUUUAGCACUUUUUUCUUUCAUUAGGGUUAGAAGUCUCAAGGUAUGUUAGAAGAUAACGUCAGGUUUGUUUAGAAGUUGAAUUCUAUCUUUAUUUAUCGCGCGCGUGUGUGUGUGUGUGUUUUUCUUCUUAAAUUAAAGGUGUUAAGUCUAAAUAAAAGGGGAUG